AUGGACACUCUCAAGAAGUCACCACCUUACGAGGGUCACUCCUCCGGCUCCGAGGCGAGGACCACUCCCGGCUCCAAGAAGCGCCCAUCGCGAGCCGGCACACGGAGCGUCACCACACUCACAGCAGCCCAGCUGGAGCGGAAACGAGCAAAUGAUCGAGAAGCACAGCGAGCCAUCCGCCAGAGGACCAAGGACCACAUUGACACUCUUGAACGCCAAGUACGCGACCUUACUGCCCAGCUAGAGACGGGCUCUUCAUCGAGGAUGAUGGACCUCAUGCGGAGGAACGAGGAGUUGGAACAGGAAAAUGCAGUCCUCCGCGCACGGUUAGGACAUGCAGUAUCAGCGUUAGCAGUCCCCGAACACGGCACAGGUAUGUACCAACUCUCUUUUGUCGUACAGCACAGAUCAACUGUUUUCACCUUGCGGCAAAGUUCUUUUGCCCCGGAGUCACACCCUUUCAGGUGCAGGCGACAGUUUUGGUAA